UUAUACCCAUCUGGAGAUGCUCUGAUGAAUAGCAGCAGCCUCAGGCAUGUCUAUUGCCACACAAUGACUAAAACACAGUCCACCAUCUUCUAUUGUAUUGUCGUCUUAGGGCUGAUACUUAUCAAAAUCCAGUUAUCUGAGGAAAGUGAGUUGAUCGUUAAGAGGCCAAAUGCAAACCUUACCAGAGUGCCCAAGGACCUACCCUUGCAAACAACUACUUUAGAUGUAUCACAAAACAAUAUAUCUGAGCUUCAGACUUCUGACAUACUCUUGUUGUCCAAACUGAGGGUCUUCAUUAUGUCCUACAACAGACUCCAGUAUCUUAAUAUCAGUGUUUUCAAAUUCAACACGGAACUGGAAUAUUUGGAUUUGUCCCACAAUGAAUUAAGGCUGAUCUCUUGCCACGCAACAGCCGACCUCAAACAUUUAGACCUCUCCUUUAAUGCGUUUGAUGCCCUGCCCAUAUGCAAAGAGUUUGGCAACCUGUCCCAACUACAGUUUCUGGGAUUGAGCGGUUCUCAGAUACAAAAUUCAAGUGUGCAGCUGAUUGCUCAUCUGAACAUCAGUAAGGUUUUGCUGGUGUUAGGAGACACUUACGGGGAAAAAGAAGACCCCAAGUGUCUUCAGCACAUUAGCACGGAGACUCUGCAUAUCGUUUUCCCUUCCAAAAGAGAAUUCCAUUUUCUUCUGGACAUGUCUGUCAGCACGGCCGUCAGUCUGGAACUGUCUAACAUCAAGUGCGUGCUUGAGGACAAGAACUGCUCUUACUUCCUAGGAACCUUAGAAAGACUUAGAGAGACUCGGAGGCUCGCAAAUCUUACCCUGAACAACGUGGACACAACAUGGAAUUCCUUCAUUAACAUCCUUCAGCUGGUUUGGCAUACACCAGUCAAGUCUUUCUCAAUUUCAAACGUGAAACUAAAAGGUCAUCUUAACUUCAGAAGAUUCCAUUAUUCUGACACUUCUCUGAGGGCUUUGUCGAUACAUCAAGUUGUCACUGAUGUGUUCGGCUUUCCCCAAAGUAACAUAUACAGCAUCUUCUCCAAUAUGAACAUCCAAAGUUUUACAGUAUCUGGAACACACAUGGUCCACAUGCUUUGCCCAGCCCAAAUUAGCCCAUUUCUGUAUUUGGACUUUACAGAUAACCUUUUAACAGACAUGGUUUUUGAAGACUGUAGAAAUUUAAUUAGAUUGAAAACACUUAGUUUGCAAAAGAAUCAGUUAAAAACACUUGAAAAUAUAAUUCUUAUGUCUAUGGAGAUGAUAUCUCUACAAAAACUAGACAUUAGCCAGAAUUCUCUAAGGUACAGUGAUGCGGGAAGCCCAUGCUCCUGGACCCAGAGUUUGUUAGUUUUAAAUUUGUCUUCAAACAUGCUUAUGGACUCUGUUUUCAGGUGCUUACCUCCCAAGGUCAAGGUCCUUGACCUUCACAACAACAGGAUAGUGAGCAUCCCUAAAGAUGUCACCCACCUGCAAGCUUUGCAGGAACUCAAUGUAGCAUCCAAUUUUUUAACUGACCUUCCUGGAUGUGGAGCCUUCAGUAGCCUUUCUGUGCUGGUCAUCGACCAUAACUCAGUUUCCCACCCCUCCUCUGAUUUCUUCCAGAGCUGUCAGAAUAUCAGGUCCAUAACAGCGGGGAACAACCCAUUCCGAUGCACAUGUGAGCUGAGGGAGUUUGUCAAAAACAUAGGUCAGGCAUCAAGAGCAGUGGUGGAGGGCUGGCCUGACUCUUACAGGUGUGACUACCCAGGCAGCAUUAAGGGAACCCCACUGCAGGACUUCCACAUGUCUCCGCUGUCCUGCGAUACCAUUCUACUGACUGUCACCAUUGGGGCCACUCUGCUGCUGCUGGCUGCCAUUGGGACUUUCCUCUGUCUCUACUUUGAUCUGCCCUGGUAUCUCAGGAUGCUAUGCCAGUGGACCCAGACCAGGCACAGGGCCAGGAACAUCCCCUUAGAGGAACUGCAGAGGAAUCUCCAGUUCCAUGCUUUUGUCUCAUACAGUGGGCAUGAUUCUGCCUGGGUGAAGAGCGAAUUACUACCAAACCUAGAGAAAGAUGACAUCCGGGUUUGCCUCCAUGAGAGAAACUUUGUCCCUGGCAAGAGCAUUGUGGAGAACAUCAUACACUUCAUUGAGAAGAGUUACAAGUCCAUCUUUGUGCUGUCUCCCCACUUUAUCCAGAGUGAGUGGUGCCAUUAUGAACUCUACUUUGCCCAUCACAAUCUCUUCCACGAAGGGUCUGAUAACUUAAUCCUGAUCUUGCUGGAACCAAUUCCACAGUACUCCAUCCCUACCAAUUACCACAAGCUCAAAACUCUCAUGGCACGGAGGACCUAUUUGGAAUGGCCCACAGAAAAGAGCAAGCAUGGACUCUUUUGGGCAAAUCUAAGAGCAUCCAUUAAUGUUAAGCUGGUCAACCAGGCAGAAGCAACAUGUUACACACAGCAAUAAGAAUACCCACCUCAUCAGUGUUGCUGCUUUGGGGAGCAACAACACUGGGGAGUUCUGGUAAUGGUACCAUUCACAUCAGCAAGAAGCAAAAGAUGUUUCUGACUUUAUGAUGUGGGAAUUUGUGCUUUUUAGCCCAACUGUGCCACUAGUGUUUGCUAAUAAAAAGUAGCGGGGUACU